ACACUUUUUUCGACAGAAACAUACGCACUGUAUUAGAAUAUAUUAGUAAAUUUUUUUUCGUAUUAAAUUUUAAGCGUCAGUGUCGGCCAGCCGGAAGUUCGAAGGCGAGACCCCAAGUGUGCGAGAGGAAGGAUUUUCUAAACGAAAGUUAAGAUUACGCAGAAGAAACCAUGAAGGCCAUAGUAGGAUUCUUAGCCGUGUGCUUGCUGGGCGCGGCGCUCGCCAGCCCCCUCGAGAAGGUCGACAAAGUCACGAUCGUCGAGCAACAGUCCUCGACGGUGACGCAGAGCCUGAGCGAGCGCGCGAAAUACGAGGAGGAGCUGCUGCGCAAGCUCAACGUCAAGUGCUCGCAGAACGACCUGAGCAGCUGCGUGAUGCUCAAGCUCGUCACCUACAUGAACAAACUGCUGAAAAAGGCCUCGAUCGAGCUCACCGACGACAUCGAGAUCCGCAAGACUAGUCAGGCCACCGAGGAAGUGGUGAGCUUCCAGUCCUCCACCUCGCAGGGCUCUCGUAGCGCGGCAGCCGCCGACGACGAGUCCGAGGUGUUCGAUCUGAUCGCCAGCAAGGUCUACGCCUUCGUCAAGUCGCGCAGCAUCAAGUGGAAGUUCCUGCCCGAGGACGACGUCGUCGUCUCCGCCAAGGAGGACGAGAACGGCUCGCUCAAUUUGGGACUGUCCAUCGAGAAGUCCGACAAUGCCGUGCAAGACGGUCGCGGCAAGAAGAACAACAUGGGCCCUCUGCUGGCCGCGGCCGUCCUCAAGAUCGGUCUGAUCGGCGGUCUCGCCUUCAAGGGUCUCGCCCUGCUGGUCGGCAAGGCCCUGCUCCUCUCCAAGAUCGCCCUCCUGCUGGCCGGUAUCAUCGGCCUCAAGAAGCUCUUCUCGCACCAGAAGCACGUGACGUACGAGGUGGUGGCGCAUCCGCAUCACAGCGCCGGCCACAUCGAGAGCCACGGCCACGGCGACUUCAGCGGCGGCUGGGCGCGCAGCUUCCAGCACGAGGCGGCCCAGCAGAUGGCCUACUCGGCGCAUCUGCCACCCACGGCCAACUAAGGACGGAGAAGAGGAUAAAAAAAACACGUAUACAUAAAAAAAAACACGACACGAAACACCAACGACACGCUCGUUUCCGAAACUUACCCUCUACUACUUACUACUACUACUACUACAACUAGCCUCAUUUUCGAGGGACGUAUCGUGAAUCGCAGAGCGAUUAGUACUCGAUCUUCCCUCUCUCAUCUUCACUCAUCGAUUCAUAUCAUUCUGUGUCUAUAAUAUAAUUUCAUCCUCGUUUCAUCGAGUUCAUCGUUCAUCAUCAUUUUCACGAUAAUCAAAAACAUCGCCUUAAGUAAUGCAUAAUCGAUUAAUAAAAACGACGCGACGAAACGUGGACAGAUCUCCCGACGGACUUUAUUUUGGACGCGACAUUCAGGACACACACAGACUUCCUCCUCCUCUAUUUUCUCGUGUAAUCAAUCUACUCUCUCGAUAUAUAAUAUAUAUAACGAAGCUUGCGGUGGUACCGAUAUUACCUUUGCU